GAAUAAUGUCACCAAUAUGUAAACUGAAAGAGAAAAUAUAUUCAUUUUACUGUCUUAUUAGGACAUGGGCCAAAAUAAAUGUUAAAAAUGAAAAAAUAACACACUCUCUAUUGCACCAACAUAUACAGUAUGAGGUGCCAGCCUUGCAUGAUCAGAAAGUGUGUGAGACAUAUGAAUGCAUCUGUGGAUGGAAUAAUCACAAGUAAGUUGGUGUCUUAACCUGUAAACCAUGGUGGUGUCCUGCAACACAGAAUGAACUGAACUGUACUACAAUGCUGCUAAUUGUUCUGCAGCCAUUAUGCUAUGCUAUCAAGACAGAUUUGAGAAUGAUAAUAGUGCUUUGGAUGAAAUAUUUUAUGUUAGAAUACAUUACAUUAAAAUGAUAUGAUAUUUGACAUUUGACUGGGGAUCUGCUAAGGCCCAUACCCUUGAAUAUUUAUAGGAACCAGUCACCUUCCUCUGAUUUUAUAUGGGCUAAUAUGUCUCAUCUGAUGCAAAUGUUUCCCGCUAAUUGCUGUGACGAACCUAUUGGAACCACGUGACCAAUUGAGCUCAACUGUGGCAAAUAAAAUCCUAGCGAAAGACUAUAGUCAUGGCAGAUAAAACUGUAAGGUUUCUUGUCCUGGAGUUCAUCUGCCAGCCAAGGAUGACAUCUACCUCAGCAUGUGCUUUAUGGGCCAGUACCGUCAGUCUGAAUGUGUCCCUGCUGUCUUCCCUCUGCUGUUUCAUGAGAAGAUGACCUUUGAAAAGAUUUUCAGGCAUGCAGUCGACCCUGGGGACAUCGCUGUAAUGCUUGAGUAUGAGACGAUAAGGAUUGAACUGGUGCAGCUGAUUCAUCCAGUGGGGGACACUCUGGCCUGCUUUGAGGAAGAUGCUCGACGUUUUUUAUUCCCAGAGCCCAAACUGGUUCCCUCUUUCUCUGGAGUGGACCGAGAGGUUCUGAUGACCCGAGCACCUUACUUUCCAGGUAUUGCUCCGAGGUUGGAGUUUUCCACUAAAACAACCAUCAUUGAGUGCUCAGCUGAUACAGUGAUCAACAUCUACCCGAAUGUACCCAUGAGGCCAGUGACAAAGAGAAGCAGGAAACGCUCCAGCAGGCCCAGGACCUCCUCUCCUCAGAGGAAACAAGCUCAGACCCAGGGAAGGAGACAAGGUGGCAGAGUGGACAGAGAAAGACACAGCAUUGCCAAGUCAGACAUUCCUAGAUCCCAAUCCCUGUCCCCACUGAGGGCUGGAAACAGCCAGCGCCUGGCCCGGCACAGCCUGGCCAACUGGGACAAAAGCAGCACCUCCCAGCCUAUGUUGACCUCGUGGCCUGGAUCCAGUCAAUCUUCCUCACCUCAGCGCUCUGUAGUGUUUACCAACUCCUCUUCACCUUUGACCAGGUCUUCAUCCACAGUGAGAUAUUCUCCUACUGGCCGAAGACAAUCUUUAUCCAAUGGUUUGGUUGGUGGUAUAUCUGAAGAUGACUCCAGCUCUUCAGAAACACAUGACCCUCUUGACUACCACCAAGGUCCUGAACCUUCAGCAAUGUGGCGGUCUUACAGGGAACAAGCUAGGCACAGCAGGUCUCAGUCCUGCUCUCAUAGAGAAUGGGAAGAGGUCCACGAACGGGUUCGGGGACUCCUUACGACACCAAAAGCUGUACGCCGACUUGUCUAUGGGGCCACACACUCCGAGGUAGAUGAGAUUUUAGCCAGGAGGUCCAUCUCUCCAGGUCCACCAUGAUGACCUUGCCAGGCUCUUGAUAGGAGGAGAGACCGUCAUCUUGCCAAUGAAGUCUUCAGACAUCAUGACUCUCCUGGUGUAUGUGUGUGCAAAACAGAGAGGUAUUUUAUUGCAGUAGUUUGAAAAAAUGCCUACACAUGUUUUAGUAAUGACUGGCAGAAUAACAUGUUUUAUGUUAAAAUAAACCUUUUAGAAUUGAA